AUGGAUAAUCCUUUAACACCAAAUAAAAUUCAAAGAUUGAUGCACUUAGCUGAAGACAAAUCUUUUAAUUUAGCAAGGCGAACACCAAUAAAUAACGAUGAUAUGAAAAGCAGCAUAGCUACUAGUCAUGUGGCUUUUAACAAAACAGGAACUAAUUAUGAGUCUUCUUCGGGAAUCUUAGACUUGGAAAGAGUUGAAGGUUUUGGUGAAUCUGGUAUCAGUAAUAUAUCACUUAGCAAAUCAACUGCCUUUAAUCCAGGUGAAAUGACAGGCAGGUCUACAGGGACUGAGGAUGCUGAUAUAAAAGCUCUAAUUGGAGCUCCCAGAGCUUUUGAAGAAUAUGGCAGACAUUCUGUAGCUCUGGACAGUAUUACUAGUAAUAUGGAUAAACAAACAUCUGAAAUAAAUGACAUUAUGAGACAUUCAAUUGCUACAAAUUAUUCUUUUCAUUCUAAGAGAGAUCUAACAGCUGAUGAAGCAUCCUUAGUGAUGAGAGAAGCUCCUCUCCCUAUACAACAUAACACACAAGCUAACUUUCAGGACAGUAUACGGACAGAAAGAAGUCGCGCAGAGAAGAGAAAUCGGGUGGUAGACGAGGGAGAAGUUUGGACAGAAGUCGGUAGAAGAGGUAAAGUAGUGGCACGCAGUGCGUCUGACGAUGAUAUGACUAGAGUACCAGAAGAACAAAUUGAGAUAAGUAUGACAUCGAAAAAGGAGAAGUUACCUAAGCAAUUAGGAUUGGCCCGUAUCCUCAAGCAGGAAAAUAUAUUAGAUAUUAUUCGAUAUGAAAGACAUCAAGAGGACACUCUUCAGGAAAACCUACCUAGGACAACUCAAUCAGAUAACAAUAUAACAUACGCAGAGGUGUUAAAAACUACAGCCGAAGUACACAGGGAGCAGGACACAACCCUUAAUUCUAAUGCAUCGGUAUUUAACACAAAAAAAAAGAAAGCAAGAAAAGACCAAGAAAAGGUUCAAACUGAUGAGGAGUACACUUUAGAAUUAGAUUCUGAUAUUGAUCUAGAGCUACAGGAGAGAGAAGAUAUCCAACAAAGAGAGAAAUUUAAUAAAUUUGAUGAGAAAAUUCAUAUUGCGGUCUUAAGUGAAACGUGGUUAAAUUCCAAUGUUAACUUUAGGAUAUCUGGCUAUAAUAUAGUUCGCGAGGAUAGGGACGACGGAUAUGGUGGUGUAGCAAUUAUAGUUCAUGCCUCCAUUAAAUAUCAAUUAUCUAAAAUAAACUGUACAAAUCCUGGAAUACAACUUAUACAUCUAAAAUUACUGAAUUGUUUUCAAAUAGAAAAUAUCAUUGCUAUCUACUGUCCGCCAUCCGUGCAGACUACAACAAGCGAUUGGGAUUAUAUUUUUGGCAUUUAUAACAAUAAAACUUUGAUUGCUGGAGACUUUAAUGCUCAUCAUUCGAAUUGGUCAUAUAAGACAGAUAACAGGGGUAGUCAACUUUUUGAUGUAUUGCUUGAUAAAAAUUAUAUAACUCUGAAUGACGGAUCACCUACUAGAAUUAAAUUGGUCAAUGGCAGUCUACAAAAAUCUUCUCCCGACAUUACAUUGGUAACAAGUGAUAUCGCUUUAAAGUUUACUUGGGCAAUGUCAAAUGAAUCGUUAGGGAGCGAUCAUCUCAUCAUUAAAUAUUCCUUGUAUAACAAUAAUCAGAGUCCUAACUUCGUUCGAAAGAGGAACUUUAAAAAAGCCAAUUGGAAUGGUUAUUCUAGUUUUCUUCAAAGCAUCUUCUCCGUUUUGAUAUUGGCAGCCAAUCCUCAGAAGGCGUAUAAUCAAUUCGUUGACGCUAUUAAUACUGCUGCUAAUAUAUAUAUACCCCCAGUUAACAUUUGUCAAGACCCAUUAAGACUUAAAAAAUUUGUUCCUAAAUCAUAUUGGAAUGUAGACAUCUCUCGCUCGAUAGCGGAACGGAGACUUGCAUUAGCAAUUUUUAGGAAAAACCCUACGCCCCAUAAUUUAAGCAAUCUUCAAGCUAAAAUUGCUUCUGCACGGAGAACUAUUCGUAAAGCUAAAAGAGAAGCUUGGAGAAAGUUCUGUAGUAGUAUUAAUGAAAUUGUGUCCCUUAGUGAAAUGUGCCGUCGAAUGCGAUGGUUAAAAGGAUACCGUUUACCUAGGGCUAACAUUGAUGAAACUAUUGCCAAUAAACUUUUACGUAAUUUAUCCCCAGAUUAUGUUUCGCCAGAUAAGCCUUCUUUUACUUCGAGUAAUCAAGCCCUGGAAAGCAUCAUAACUCUACAUGAACUCAACCGUGCUAUUAAAAACAAGGAUACAGCUCCUGGCGAUGAUUCCAUUUCCUUUUCUAUGAUAAAAUACCUUCCUGUUAAUGGGAAAGAGAUAUUGAUUCAGAUAUAUAAUAUGAUUCUGGCUUCUGGAUAUGUGCCAAGUCAAUGGAGAAAAACUUCAAUUAUCCCUAUACCGAAGACUGGUAGCCUAUCUCAAUUGUUGAUGAGUAGCUUCAAUAUGUCUGUCGGUGCUUAUUUUAAAAAUAGAUGUCCUGAAUUUGGAAGAAUCCUUGGUCACAGUGACAGUCCCGACAGAGCUAACAUUGCAGAUGUAUCUUCAAUUACGCAAGAAAUCACUCAGGGCAAUGCCAAUAAUAAUCACACUUACAAAAUUGACCAAACUUUAGACAGUGUACCUGUAAGACAGCCUAAGACUGAAAGAACAUAUGAAAAAGUUGUAACUAAUUUAUUCCCAACUGAUGUAAAUGAUGUAAUUUUGAUGCCAAAACCACAAACCAUGGAUGUUUCUAGAACAACAUUUAAUAAGAGUGCUGUCACUAAAGGUCCAGUAAAUAUCCCACAGAAGUUGAAUCAAUCCAACCAUAAGUUUACAUCUUCAAAGCCAACUGAUAUAUUGCUAAGAAAUCUGCAUUCUUCGUUACGACCAGCCACGGAUGAUACCGAAUGUUCUACAGAGAAUUCAUUGAGUAUUUCAAAGAUCGCUGACUAUUUAGGGAAACAAUCCAAUGUUAGUGUGACAGACAUUUUACAACUAAACAAUCACACAAAGCAAGUAAAUAGGAAGCAACCACUCACCGAACUGCACAUGAAUGUUCUUGACAAUAACAAACCAAACCAAGAGCUGUAUGUAACACAUCUAAAAGAUACAAAGGAAAUGGAAACAGCUAGUUCUUCUGGGACAGUUCACACUGUAAUUUCAUUAGAUAAAUUGAAAAUUUCUGAUGACAAAAAUGAUAUUCCAUCAGUGAUUGUCACUCGGCAUUCAGUAGACUCAGAAAAUGUUGAAAGUGAAGAUGUUAAAAUGUAUAGAGCUCCGAGAUCUAAUACCCCUUCAACAAAAAGUCAUUCCACUCUCAGUACUGUGCAAGAAGUUCCGAGUUUCAAAUCUAAUGAUAGUCCACUGCAUUCUAGUAAUGGCAAUAUUUCACCAUAUAUCCCCUCCCAUAAUCUAGAAUAUAGAGAAUUAGAUAAGUCAGUAGAUUGGCAAGAGGUUUUACAGCAAAAACAGUUGAGGCAGCCGAGCUUUGCUAAAGAGCAAUGGGCUGAUAUAGUGGUCAGCCCUGUCGAGGGAUUUGUGGGUGUAAGUACUGCAGUGUUCAUAUCAGUGACCACUCUAACCAACAGUUGGUUGACUGCGAAAUUUGAAUUCGAUAAUAUUGCAAUCAAAAACGACUUCACAAUAGAACUGCCUCGUUUACCACUUCUGCUAUCUCCCGGGAAAACCGAAAAGUUCCUAAUACACAUCACUUCUAACAUAGAAUUCAAUUCAUACUUACCAUUCACAAUGUACUUAAAGGACACUUCUAUAGACGAUGAAAUUAUACAGAAGGGACAUAUCGAGAUUAGUAUCAAAACGCCAACAAUACAAGCGUUGUCAUGCGAUGGCGUCAAUAUCGUCAAUUUUCCACCAAUUCAAGAAAAAUCUUCUAUGACGAAAUAUUUUGUUCUCAUAAGCGAUUGUCCGGUGGAUUUGCAAUUAGAACUUUCAAUAUCGGAGGGUGAUAGCAUGUUUGUGAUUAAAUCUGUACAAGAGAUUAAAAAGAAUGAUGUAAGUAAAGCUUUGAUGGAGAGACAGGGAUCGACAGAAGAUGGUCAAGUUAAGAAGACAAAGACGAUUAGUAAGCAAUUGUGUAGACUGAGUAGUGGCAACGCUAUAAAAGUUUCAAUUAUAUUUAAUGCGCCGAAGUUAUCUGAACUGGAGUUAAACGAAAGAAACGCCACAUUUAAGGGAACUUUGAACGUUAAUUUAAUCGGAAUUGACACGAUUUUAAAGAAUGUAAGUCUCAUCGGUACCGUCGGCAGCGUCAACCUCGUGCUGCAGGCUUCUAGCAACAAACUGCACCUUACAAAUGAAACAACAAAAAUUAAUUUAUGCAACACUGGUACUAUCGGCGGUAUAUGGGCUGUGAAGUUCAAGAGUAAUUCUAGCAAAGACGGUCAAUUUCCAUUUAGAGUGUCAGCCACUAAGCUGGAUAUACCCCCUGGAGGAGUUAAAGAGAUGAGUUUGGUUUAUACUGGACCAUCAGAUGUUUUAAGUGAAGGAACAUUAAUAUUAGAAGACACAGCAAACGGGAACAUAACAACUAUCGACAUAGUGGGUGGUUCAGACAAACCAAAGACUUUCCCCAUCAAAACCAACUUCAACAAUAUGUCAUGGGUCAGAGCCGGAAGGAAGGAGCUCAGUUUGAAGAACUCCACCAACAGAAAGGUCCAGAUUCGAUGCCAGAUUGUUGGGGAGGGCUUCAAAAUAGACGCUCCUGGGUACGAAAUGAGAGGCACAUUUAUAUUGUCUUUCGGUCCGUGUGAAUGCAGACCGUUACCGAUUAUAUUCUCGCCUAACUCCUGUAUGCCAUAUGCGGCUGCCUUGCAUCUGGUGUUCGAUAAAAGCAACGAAUUUUCUAGAAAGGUGAAGCUGCACGGCUGCGCGGGCGGCGGCGGCGCGCGCUGGGCGGGGCUGGUGACGUAUGGGCGCACGGCGCUGCUGCGCGCGCCGCCGCACGCGCCGCUCGACCUCGCGCUCUACAACAAGGCGCCCGCGCCCGUCUUCGUCUGCGCCGCCGUGCAGUUCAAUUUACAAUACAGGUUCCUAUCGGAGGAGGCAGAACUGGUGGGCGCGCGGCGCGUGGUGCCGCGGCGUGCGCAGCACGUGGUGUCGCUGCGCGUGCCGUGGCCGCGCCUGCAGCGCCGCGCGCGCGCCGGCGACGCCUGCGCGCUGGCCGCCGUGCACGUGCUCACCGCGCCCGAGCUCACGCGCAGGCGCAUACUCAGAAUACUCAGAGACGAAACUACCGGGGAGUUGGACCUGUCUUUAUUACCCGACCAUUUGAGGGUGUUGGCUGAACCCUUGGAAGGAGAAGAUCCUGCUAUUGAUACAUAUUUGGAAAACUUCAGUGAAACUAAGGCAUCGCUCAAUGAACUGAUCGAAAGUAUACACGAGCUGACUGCGCAGAUCGACGUGCCGCAGGACUUUGAGGAAGACAACACUAUACUUAUAAGCGAUGAUACAGUGGUCGAGCACCACACUCUAUGUGAU